UCGGCUCAGCCUCCGGUCACAACAUUCCGCAAGAGAAACCGAACGAAACAAGUAUAACAUAAUAGCAGUGAGUUGGAGCAAACAAACAACAAGAAAUCGAUCCAUAACCAUAGUUCUAGCAAAAGUUCUCUCUGUCAUGGAAAAACUAGUGAAAUUAUUCUUAUUGCAAUGUAUCGUGCUGAGUGCUACGCUGCCUUCGGCACUGCAACAGGCCACUGGCACCAAUUGCAACGGGAGAGACUACCUGUGUGUAGAUGAUACACGUUUCCAAAUUUGUAUCGAUUUUGGUAACGGGAGAACAGAAACGGUGGAUGCUGUAGCACAAACAUGUCCUCCGAGUACGUACUGUAGUAAUACGGGGCAAUUUGAGUGCGACUCAACGAUGCCCUCUACGACUACUACAUCUGCUCCUCCAACCAACGCACUGCCAGAACAAUCGGUUCCUACUCAAGCAAAUCCAACGCAGGCUCCCACAUCAGAUGUAGUUGUGGAAGAGCUGCUAUCGACGACUCAACCGACUCUAGCUGAUCCCGUUCCGGAAAGCACAGCAGCGGCUGAGAAUCCUCAACCACACACGACAGCUGUUGCUGGUGAAUCACAAUCGACAGUAUUAGAGGUGCAGCCACAACCUGAUACAACAGUGCUAGCUGUAGAACCCCAACUAGAAACCACGGUCGUAGCGGCUGAAGUUCAACCAGAAACUACAGUAGCACAAGGUGCUGUUCAAUCGGAAGCAACAGUUGCGGCAGGAGGAGAAUCUCAACCGAAGACUACAGUUGGUGUAGCUGAACCUCAACCAGAAGUCACAAAUGCACCAGCAGUGGUUCAACCGGACACUACUGUUGCAGUUGGUCAACCUGAUCCGGCGACUACUGUUGCCGGCGGAGAAGCUCAGCCUGAGGUGACCGUUGCACCUGGAGAACCUCAACCCGAAACUACAGUUGCAGCAGGUGGCGUUCAGCCAGAGACAACUGUUGCCGGAGGAGAAUCUCAACCAGAAACAACCGUAGUCGCUGGUCAACCUAAUCCUGAGACAACGGUUGCAGGAGGUGAAGCUCAACCAGAAGUUACGGCAGCACCAAGUGAAUCUCAGCCUCAAACAACCGUCGUCGAAGGUGAACCACAACCAGAAAUAACUGUGGCACCAGGAGAAACACAACCUCAAACAACUGUAGCCGGAAGCGAAUCUCAACCUGAGGCUACCGUGGCACCUGGAGAACCUCAACCCGAAACUACGGUUGCAGCGGGUGGUGCUCAGUCAGAGACAACAGUGGCACCGGGAGAAGUUCAACCAGAAACAACUGUUGCCGGAAGUGAAUCUCAAUCAGAAUCUACAGCUGCUGCCGGUGGAGGUGAAUCUCUGCCAGAAACAACUGUUGCUGCAGGUCAACCAAAUCCAGAGACUACAGUUGCCGGAGGCGAAUCACAACCAGAGGUUACCGCAGCACCUGGAGAACCACAACCAGAGGCUACAGCUGCCCCCGGAGAGUCUCAGCCACAAACAACUGUUGCCGGAGGCGAAUCUCAACCGGAGGCUUCCGUGGCACCUGGAGAACCACAACCAGAGGCUACUGCUGCACCUGGAGAGUCUCAGCCACAAACAACUGUUGCCGGAGGAGAGCCACAACCAGAAGUUACAGCAGCACCAGGAGAAACUCAAUCUGAAACAACUGUUGCCGGAGGCGAAUCUCAACCGGAGGCUUCCGUGGCACCUGGAGAACCACAACCAGAGGCUACAGCUGCACCUGGAGAGUCUCAGCCACAAACAACUGUUGCCGGAGGAGAGCCACAACCAGAAGUUACAGCAGCACCAGGAGAAACUCAAUCUGAAGCAACUGUUGCCGGAGGCGAAUCUCAACCGGAGGUUACCGUGGCACCUGGAGAACAACAACCUGAGGCUACGGCUGCACCCGGAGAGUCACAGCCACAAACAACUGUUGCCGGAGGAGAGCCACAACCAGAAGUUACAGCAGCACCAGGUGAACCACAACCAGAGGCUACAGUUGCACCCGGAGAGUCACAGCCACAAACAACUGUUGCUGGAGGAGAGCCACAACCAGAAGUUACAGCAGCACCAGGUGAACCACAACCAGAGGCUACAGCUGCACCCGGAGAGUCUCAGCCACAAACAACUGUUGCCGGAGGCGAACCACAGCCAGAAGUUACAGCUGCACCUGGAGAACCACAACCAGAGGCUACAGUUGCACCCGGAGAGUCACAGCCACAAACAACUGUUGCUGGAGGAGAGCCACAACCAGAAGUUACAGCAGCACCAGGUGAACCACAACCAGAGGCUACAGCUGCACCCGGAGAGUCUCAGCCACAAACAACUGUUGCCGGAGGCGAACCACAGCCAGAAGUUACAGCUGCACCUGGAGAACCACAACCAGAGGCUACAGUUGCACCCGGAGAGUCACAGCCACAAACAACUGUUGCUGGAGGAGAGCCACAACCAGAAGUUACAGCAGCACCAGGUGAACCACAACCAGAGGCUACAGCUGCACCUGGAGAGUCUCAGCCACAAACAACUGUUGCCGGAGGCGAACCACAGCCAGAAGUUACAGCAGCACCUGGAGAACCACAACCAGAGGCUACAGUUGCACCCGGAGAGUCACAACCACAAACAACUGUUGCUGGAGGAGAGCCACAACCAGAAGUUACAGCAGCACCAGGUGAACCACAACCAGAGGCUACAGCUGCACCUGGAGAGUCUCAGCCACAAACAACUGUUGCCGGAGGAGAGCCACAACCAGAGGUUACAGCAGCACCAGGUGAACCACAACCAGAGGCUACUGCUGCACCUGGAGAGUCUCAGCCACAAACAACUGUUGCUGGAGGAGAGCCACAACCAGAAGUUACAGCAGCACCAGGCGAACCACAACCAGAAGUUACAGUGGCACCAGGAGAAAGUCAACCCCAAACAACUGUAGCCGGAGGCGAAUCCCAACCGGAGGCUACCGUGGCACCAGGAGAACCACAACCCGAAACCACAGCUGCAGCAGGUGGUGCUCAGCCAGAGACGACAGUGGCGCCCGGAGAAGUUCAACCAGAAACAACCGUUGCCGGAAGCGAAUCUCAGCAAGAGACUACAGUAGCUGCAGGUGGGGCUCAGCCUGAAUCUUCGGUAGCACCAGGAGAAUCUCAACCACAAACUACCGUUGCUGGCAGUCAACCACAGCCGGAAACGACUGUUGCCGGAGGCGAACCGCAGCCUGAAGUUACAGCAGCACCAGGAGAAACCCAACCACAAACAACUGUUGCUGGAGGUGAAUCUCAGCCGGGGACUACAGUUGCCUCAGGUGGAGCUCAACCUGAAACUACAGUGGCUGCUGGAGGCGAAACGACUGUCGAUGCAGGCCAACCUCAACCCGGCCCUACUGCAGCACCAGGCGAAUCUCAACCGGGUAAUCCUGGCGCUCCAGGUGAACCACAACCAGAAACCACACCAGCUGCGGGUGAGAGUUCAGGAGCUACUGGAGAUUCUGGCAGCUCGGUACCGUCCAAUCCAGAAACUGGUUCCUCAUCCGCUCCAGGAGGAGUAACGAGCGCACCCGGACAAGGCGGUUCCGCCACCACACCACAGCCAUUCGUGUGCCAGAAAUCCGGUCGAUUCCCUCAUCCUGCCGAUUGCCACAAAUACUACCGAUGCCUCUGGCUUCCGUUCGGCCUUUUCGAGCUUGAACAAAGCUGUCCCCUCAGCUUUGCCUACAAUCCACAACUUCAACGCUGUACCGCCGAUCAAAGCCCAUGCUUCCCGAACCAGUUUAAAUGCACCACGCCUGGCCGAUUCCCUGAUCCACAAAACGAACGCAAAUACUUCUGGUGUGUAUGGAACGUGCUAGGAGGCUACCUACAGUACAACUUGGACUGCCCCGCUGGACAAAAAUUCGAUUCGUUCCGCAGACGUUGCGUAGCUCCAGCCUUUGGCGCAAGAAGUGAGGAAGAUUCCAAUUCCGAAGCUGCCGUUUCCCAAAACUCCGAACAGGACUCUGAUGAGGAAGUUAAGGAAAAGGUAAAAUUCGAGUGCACUGAGGAAGGAACGUUCCCGGAUCCAGAGAAUUGCUCCCGUUACUUCAUCUGUACCCUGAAGAAGAAGGACAAAUACAAGAAGAACAAGCUAAAGUGCCCCAAGGGACAGCAAUUCGAUGCGGCCCUGAGUGUCUGUACCGAUGAUGUUGAUGUUUUCUGUGGCUAAAUAGCUCGUUAAUAAACAACAAACGGGUCAGCACUUUCCAGUGUGGAAGAGGGGAAAAAUUAUAAUUUAUACCAAUUUGAAACAAAGAGAGGAAAAAUAAAAUACGGAAAGUGCAUCGAGUAA